AGUUACCAUUUAUCUUUCAGUAACCAGCUCAAACCCUAUCAGCUGAUUGGUCUAAAGUGGAUGCUGCUUAUGUAUGAGCACAAACUGAGUGGGAUCCUCGCUGAUGAAAUGGGUUUGGGGAAAACUAUCCAGGCUAUAGCAUUUCUGGCCGAGCUGUACCAGAUGGGAAUAGAGGGUCCUCACCUCAUCAUUGUGCCAGCCUCCACCCUGGAUAACUGGGUCAGAGAGAUGAAGCUGUGGUGUCCAAGCCUCAAAGUUGUAGUCUAUUGUGGAUCCUUAGAGGACCGCCGCUACCUCAGACACGAUCUCCUCGAUGACAAGACUGAAUACAACGUCAUUGUGACCACAUACAACAUGGCCAUAGGAAACGAUAACGACCGCGGUUUGUUCCGUAAACUGCGCCUGAAGUAUGCAUUGUUUGAUGAAGGUCACAUGCUGAAGAACAUGAACUCUCUUCGAUACCGCCAUCUUAUGUCUAUUAAUGCAGAACAUCGCCUGCUGCUGACUGGAACUCCUCUACAGAACAACCUCUUGGAGCUCAUGUCUCUUCUGAACUUCAUCAUGCCUUCUUUGUUCUCCAGCUCCACUCACCAGCUCUCCAAAAUGUUUUCAAUG